AUGAUGUUUGUUCCACAAGAAAUUAAGGACAAAGGAAUACGAGUUCUUAAUCCAAAACAUUUUUCUGAAAUUACACUUGACAUAGCUCGUUAUUUAGGCCUUAAAAUAAAUUAUGUCUAUACGAAACCUUCAGAUCAAGUUUUCGCUAAAAAGAUAUGGAUUAUUAAUACGUUAGAACAAUCUCAUGGAUUGACAAGCGGUGGCAUCGAGCGUAUCAGAGCUAUUGUAUUUGAAAAAGAAGAAUAUAAGAAGAUCAAACCAGAGAGAUAUGUUGUUGCCAAUAGAAUUGUUGGGUCUAAUAGAUUUAUAGAUAAUGCAGAUGAGCUUGUGAGGGUGCUCAAUAUAAAAACUAAGCUCGAACGAGGUGCCAGAUGGAUUAGAGAUGAUAAAUUUUAUGAUGUACCUAUUAUGGAAAUCAUCAAAUAUUGGAUGUCUUUGAAAGUUAUUGUUACAGUUCAAGGGUCUAAUAUUUAUAAUGGAAUAUUCAUGCAUGAAAAAACAGGAAUGGUAUUGUUAUUUUCUAAUAGGAUUGAUUUACCAAAUAUGCAGUUUUGUACACACCUGCAUGUGUUUAUGAUUGGCGUAAUUCAUCCAGGCAGGCAUUUCAAUUGUGGCUCCCCCCAACCAACGAAUUACACCGAUAUGAUUAGUUACACACAGAGAGUUGUCGAUGCUGUAUAUAAUGGUGGAUGGAAGAGCCUUGAAGGUUUAACAGAAAUUCUCCAAUCUUCAUACCCGGUUACUAAUAUAACAGAUUUUAUAUUAAAUUAUACUAGAAUUUACUAUUGA